CUCUCCCAUCUGGACCCUGUCCUCCAGGUGACUCACAGCCAUGAGGACCCUCGCCCUCCUCGCUGCCCUUCUUCUCUUGGCCCUCCAUGCCCAGGCUCAGCCCCUGGGAGAGAAAGAUGACCAGGUUCCUGCUCAGGACCAGCCUGGGGCCGACAUCCAGGGGAUGACCAUCUCCAUUGAGGGAGAUGAGCGUUCCACUCGAGAUGCUUCAGGCUCUGGGUCGGUUCUUAUCUGCCACUGCAGCUUCUCCUGCAGAAGUCCUUAUAAGAAAAUUGGGUACUGUCACCUUGGCCGCUUGCAUUUUUGCUGUCGUCGUGGCUGAGCUUUGUGGAUUGAGACCCAAAGCAGCAAAGGAUUCUAUUUCAAGACCUGGAAAAGGGUUCAUUCUUUGUACCUUCUGCUUUUUCUUAAUUCUCUCUCCAAAAUAAACUUCAAGCAUUGAAUGCAG